CGGGGGGGGGGGGGGGGGGGAAGACCCGGAGGAGAGAGGUUGAGAGCGGAAGAAUUUUUUUUUUCUUUUUUUUGCGGAUCAAAAGGGGUGAAACAUACAGCAGCCAACAUUUUUUCCCCGUAUAUAUAUCUGUGUAAAAGCCCCGAACAAAAAAUGGCAUCGGGGGAUACGCUUUACAUCGCCGCCGACGGCUCGGAAAUGCCGGCGGAGAUCGUGGAGCUUCACGAGAUCGAAGUGGAGACCAUCCCGGUGGAGACCAUCGAGACGACGGUGGUGGAGGGCGACGAGCACCAGCCCAUGAUCGCCCUGCAGCCCCUCAGCGACGACCCGAGCCAGGUCCACCAGGAGGUGAUCCUGGUUCAGACCCGCGAAGAGGUAGUGGGCGACGAGGGCGAGCUGAGAGCCGACGACGGUUUCGAGGAUCAGAUCCUCAUCCCCGUGCCGGUGGCGGGGGCCGAGGAAGAAUUCAUAGAGCAGACCUUAGUCACGGCCGUCUCGGGCAAGAGCCGCAUCAAGAAGGGAGCCGGCAAGAAAGCCACCAAGAAGAGUUACUUGAACGACGGGGGCCUGGACAGGAGCGGGAGGAAAUGGGAGCAGAAACAAGUGCAGAUCAAGACCCUGGAAGGAGAGUUCUCGGUGACAAUGUGGGCUUCGGAUGACAAGAAGACAGACAUCGAGCAUGAAACGGUCGUGGAGGAACAGAUUAUUGGAGAAAACUCUCCACCUGACUAUUCUGAAUACAUGACUGGAAAAAAACUGCCCCCUGGUGGGAUACCUGGCAUUGAUCUUUCUGACCCAAAACAGUUGGCAGAAUUUGCAAGGAUGAAACCGAGGAAGCAGAAAGAGGAUGAUGCCCCUAGGACCAUAGCGUGUCCUCACAAAGGUUGCACUAAAAUGUUCAGAGAUAAUUCUGCCAUGAGGAAGCAUUUGCAUACCCACGGUCCUCGCGUACAUGUCUGUGCUGAGUGUGGAAAAGCUUUUGUGGAAAGUUCAAAACUGAAACGGCAUCAGCUUGUUCAUACUGGAGAAAAGCCCUUCCAGUGUACAUUUGAAGGAUGUGGAAAACGCUUCUCACUGGACUUCAAUUUGCGCACUCAUGUGCGAAUCCAUACUGGAGACAGGCCCUAUGUUUGUCCUUUCGAUGGAUGUAAUAAGAAGUUUGCCCAGUCAACUAAUCUGAAGUCUCACAUCUUAACACACGCCAAGGCCAAAAACAACCAGUAAAUUUCUUCAGGAGGGAAGAAUCGAGUCCUCAACGGGGCAUCUCACAUGACCAUAUUUGGGCAUAAUGUUGACCUUCCCUUUGUAUAUUUCUAGUGAAGAAUUUUAAAUAACUCUUACAUAACAAAAAAAGACUUGUUUUGAUAAAUUAGUCAAAAGGUUGGAGAUGCUGAUGAUGUUAGGAUGCUCUUCUCGUUUUGUCCUGUAUUCCUGUUUCAAUAACACCACAGUGUUUUCUAACCAACACUUUACUCAGAAAAAGUCCUGAUGAACUUUCAUUUAUCAAAACCAGUUCCUUACCUGGCAGAGCUAAAAAUUGGACUUGUCAGCAUUCAUAUAAAUAUGACGCUCUCCCAGUGCUUAAAGAAACUCACAUUUUUAAUUUUGUAUUUUCCAGGUGUGCAUAUUGUACACUCAUUUGGAUAUGCUAGUAAUGCAGAUGCUAUGUGAUUUUUUUUUGAGUUUGAUCUUUUUGCUAGUAAUAGUUUCUUAAAUCAUAGAUUUGGCAGUUACUGUACUACAUGCAUAUUUCAGAAUUAAUUCCUGUAUAAAGUUAUGAGGUAGAUUUUUUUGUUUGCUAUCUUUAAUUUGGUUGUAUUCUUUGAUGUUACACAUUUUGUAUAAUUGUAUUGUAUAACUGUAUUGAAAUCAUAUAGAAUCAAAUAGUACAGUGAUUCAAUGGCGUUAAUCAACUUAAACCCGUUUUAGUCACAAUGUUUAUUUUUUUGCAAUGUACUGCCGGAUGCUAAAGUCUGAUGUAAUUUCUAUUAGAGCCUGUUUCAGUUGUGUUAUGCAUAAAAAGCAAUGCUCGGUUCCAUUAGUAGAAUGUAUUGUGCAGGCACUGACCUUUUAUUAACACCUGUUAAUAUGUACAUCCCAUGUACUAGGUAAAGGCCAACAAUAAACGUUGUGGUCCUGAAGCAAGCACUUGUUAGAAAGUGAUUUGCAAAGCAUUACAAUUUUCUGAAGUGCUUAAAAUCGAUCCAGUAUAAGAAACAGCUUUCUCGUUUGAAGCAAUGAGUGGGAAACCUAAGCAUGGCCUACAGUAAUAUUUGUGCAUAGAACACUAAAAUGGAGAUCAUGGUUUCCUGUGCAAUUCGAUUCUAGUGUCUUGAAACUUUUAUGAACUUUGUUACAAAUGAAAGUCAACGGAGCAUUUACCAAACUAGCAAUAUUUAAGGGUUGGAAAAGGAAAUGUGGCCCCAGGUGAAACAGGUUAUAAUCUGUAUUAGUUCAAAUUGUAAGUACUGUAGGUAGACUUUGGAAAAUAAAUUCUUUCUGUUUUAACUGCUCGAAAUACUUUCGUAUUAGAUAUUGACAGUGUGAACGUAAUGCAGUUUUAUUUACCCUUUUUUGUUACAGUAGUACUGACCACACUACUUCAGGUGUAUUCUGAACAUAAAAUAAAUUGCUGGAUGUAUAUUACAAGACAGGUGUAAUACAAGAGAGAGAUGACAGGUCGUCAGGUUGCCUUGAGGUUGUUUUGCAUCUUUUAAACAUUGCAACUAUCUUCAAAAUAUAGGGCCCAAAAGGAAUUGAUAUGUAAAAACUGCAGUAAUUUGGAAUUGGAACUACAGUACUAUUUAAAUGAGUGAUAGAGCUCCUGUUAGAAUAGUUUGGGAAUUGGGCAUGUCAUGAUAUUAUGGCUUCUAUGGGUGAUCGAAUGAAUGAAAGGACUACUUUGCUUGCAAUGAGUAAUGACCAGUUACAAUAGUCAUUAAUACAAAUGAAAUUGUAAGAAUUGUUAAGGUUUCAGGUACAGUAUAUGGAAAAUCCUUUUGUGCUUAAAAGGUGUAACUGGCCUAUUAAGUCUGUCUGUUUUAAUAAAUAAAUUGCAGAAAUCCAGUGAUUACCUGCUGUUUCUGAAAACCUGUUGGGUGUAAGAAUUGCAAUUUCAUCAUUGCAAAGGAGAUUCUACUACAAAGUUGUGAAACCAGUUUUAAUAAAAACAAUUUGGCCUCUGACAAGACUGGUAAGAUACUUAGGAGCAGAUUGGACAUUGGUAAUGUUUAGCUUUUUAUCCAUAAUAAAGCACAUACAAUGUUUUUCUGACAGCUUACUGAAUCUAGAAAUGAGAAAUCACUCUACAACAGAGGAAAAGUUUGUUAUGGAUAGAGGUUCUGGUUUCUGAUGUGAGUUUAAGUGGGACUAGUUUAGCAUAAUCUGAAAUGGGGGCAUUAAUGGCUAGGUCAGCACUUAGUGUUAGCCAUGCUGCGGUUUCCAAAGGGGUCUGAUAUGGGUGGUUAACUUCCAAGCUUUUGUUAAGAUCCUAAAUAAUGUGGCAAACUCAACAAGAGAAUAACAAGUGGAUUUUAUCCUAAUCACCAUUUUUAGAGUAGGAGCAAGAUUAACAAGAUGCCAGGGAAAAUUCUGAUUGGCAAUUGUGGAAUUUGCCGUACAAAGGUAAGAAGCAAUUGUUCACUUGGUCCAAUGCCACAUUUUCUAUUCAUUGAGCUGCUUAACCAUUCCCUCGCCUUUAACAAGCCCUCGCCCUGACCAAAUUCUGAACUGCUUCCCAUUGCCACAAGUUUCCUUGGCAUCAGGAAUCUGUGCCUGUUAAAAUCCAUAACCUGUGCACUAGAAUAAGUAUCAAUUUACUCAGCUCAAAUGUGACCUCAUGAACCACUGCCAAUUGUGGCUGGAUCCCACCAAAACCGCCAUAAUCAGCCCCUGCCAUACCCUCAAGUUCCAGUUCAUUCAAAUUCUGCUGUCCACUUACAAUAACGAGCUUGAUGAGCCCAUCACCCUAAUCACCUAUUAAAUUAUCUUUGAUAUUUCAACACUGCAUAUAGCUUAGGUUCUAUACCAUAACAGCACCACCACCAGGCAUUUAGGAGUAUAGAUCAAGUAAAUAAAGCUUGAAUAAUUCAUCUAAAUUCAUUGAGCUCGAGUCAAAAAAACCUGGGAGACUUGUAAAGGAUGGUUAUGUGAAAUGGCAGGAAAAACAAUCAUUACAUUUGUUCAGUUCUCUCAUGGCUCAGAAAUGGAUGUGCUGUGUCAGAAAUUGAUCCGAUUGUUUCCCUUGUUUCAGCCUGGUCAAUCUUCCUUGGUUCAGCUUCUCAUUCACAGCUCAAAACACCUUGUAAACUAAUCGAAAGAUUGCCUCCGCCUUACAAAAAUGACUAUGGAAACCGGGAGGUUUUUGAAACUUGACCACUCGCUACAAAUGUUAAUAUUUUUGUUGUAUCUAUAAUAGGACUAAGCCUCUGGAGGUUUUAUAAAAUAUUUUGUAAUAAUGAAAUCAAAAUAUCGUUUAGGACACCAGAGUUCUCCAAUGUAUUGUUUACUAUGUGUUUUUGUAAAAUAAAGAAAAUGGUGUAGAAUGGUGACUCUGGAAUAGUAAAGGAACAAAAGAGGUUGAAAAUACCAGGAAAAAAAAACAUUCACAACAGAAAAUUGAUCUGAAUGUAGAUUUUAUUUUCCCUUUCAAUCUUGAUAUGGUACUUUACAUAGUAAGGUACAUGAUAAACCACAUUGCUAGGUUGAAACAAGCCACAACAGUCAGUACAACAUGAUUAACCAAAAAGCCAAAGGCUGUACUGUCUAGUUAAUCAAGCACACAUCUUCAAUACAUAAACAAACUCAUUCAGAUAAUCUGCAGACAUUCACCAUGGUUCCAGGCUCCAAGCACGCACUUUGAGAUUGCAAUUUAUUUGACAUUCGGAAAAUUGAUCUUCGUGCCAUGUACAAAUGUUUUCUCUCAUUGCAAAAUAAAGUCGUUUGUGCCCAUAAAAAA